CCUGAAAGAGGUUCACUUAUUGACUGUAGAACUCCAUCUCUGUUAAAUAUCUUAAUUGAUCUUAAAUUGGUUAUUUUAUUAAAAUAUCCAAUUGCAAACAAUAAACUAUCAGAUCUCCAACAAACAUUUACCGAAUCAUCAGCACAAUCUCCAUCUCCUAUAACUUCAUUCACAUGUCUUUUAUCUUUUCCUUCUGAUCCAUGAAAUUGAGUUUCUUUUUUACCCCAACCAACAUUUACCAAUGUUUUUUCAGCAAGACUUGUCUCAGUAAUAUUAAAAUUAUUUAGGACUUCAAAGCACUCAGUCACUAAAGUAACAUGACCAUGUUCAGUUAAUAAAAUAAUUCUUUCAAAAUCUGGACUGCAUAGUAUGGUAGCCACUACAUCUUCACAUUUGAAAGCAACUUCUACAAUAUUUUCUUGUAUUAAAAGAACAUCACCAUUUGAACAACCAACAACAAAUGAAUUCCACGGAGUAUUGUAUGCAUAAGAUACAAUUUGAACAUCUUGAUCAAUAUACAUUUUUGUUGUUGAAAGGUCUAUCACCAUAGAGAAGUUAUCGUAUACAGCUAGUUGAUGCUGAAGAUCACUAUUUGAACGGUAAAUAGCAUUAUUUGUUGCAUAACAAAACUCACCAUAAUUAAUUAUCAAAGCUGAUGUUGCAUCUUUUGGUAGUUGAAUGCGGCUUAGACUUGAUUUGUAAAUUUUUAAAUUCUUCAUUUUGCAGGUUUUGUAUACUGUCAAAAUCAAGGUUUCUAAAUAAAUUUAAAUCUUAAAUGUUUGAAAUGUUUGAAUGAUCAGACAAAUCUUAUCAAACAAUAACAUGUGCAAUUAUCAAUAUCCAAAGACUUUUCAAAUUUAGAUAACAAAAAUACCACUGAUAAAAAAACAUCCGUGGUUGAUUCCUCUUCCAUCGAUUAAGUAUAUUGUAUUGUUGUGUUGAACGUUGAUCAAUUUCGUUGAGUCGAAGAAGUGGUUUUUCUUUUUUUAAAUUAUAACAAUUUUUGUAUUACGAAAUAGGAAUUGUUAUUUCUAUAAGUGUUUCAAAGAUAUUUAAGUAGGAUCACUGCUGAAUUAUGGAGAGUUAUUCUAUUGAAAACGGAACUAGAGGUUCUGAGCGACUGUUUUUUAAGAUCAACAAUAGACAAGUUGUAUUUAAAACUGACAAGCGAACUGUUGUGAAACUAGAUAAUGGUAUGUUCCAAAAUGUGAAAUGAUUAAUUGUCAUUAAAAUUAAUUUUGAAUACUGCGAACGUUAUUGUUUGUUUUUAUUAGAAGAUCUGCAUCUCUCUAGUCACAUUUUGUCUACUAUUAUAAAUAGCGAUUUUGCUUUGUUAAACAAUUUUUUUAAAUUAGAUUUAAAAAAUAUAUUUAUAAAAAAAAUAUAUUUUAUACCUAUUCAAUUAUCACUAAAUUGACCUAUAUCCAUAUGGUGUUAUCUACCUAUUUGUAUUUAAUUGUUAGUAUUAACUAUUCACUAUUUACUUACUAAAUUGAAUUCCCUGACUAUUAUUUUGAAUAGGUAAUACUUUAAUGAUAAAUAAAAACAUAAUAAUUGUUGAUUUAUUUUUGUUUAAUUCGAAUCAUGGCCAGAAACAUGGUUAAUAUUGCCUUGGAGUAUGCAUUAAACUUAUUUGUACUAUGUAAGAAAAAAGAUGUUCAAAUUAUUUAUUCAAUUGAAAUAGUUCCACAUUUAUAUUUAAAAUAUAAAAUUUAAGAACAAUAAAUUGCUAAUAUACAUUAUACAUAAAGAUAUUAAUAUUCAAUUAAAAAUAAAAUGUUUGUAUUCUUAUGUCUUUAUUUUAAAAUAUUACUGCUUAACAAUUAAGUAGGUAAUUAAGUAAAGAUAAUAUUUGAUAGAUGUCAAAAAAGUAAAGUAUAAAGGUGAUAUAAAAUAGUUUAAAUUAAAGAUAACAAUAGAGGGGCUAACAAAUACACUAAAAAUAAUUUACAAAAAAGCCAUCUAAGUCAAAAUCAGUAAAAUACAGAAAUAAGAUAAAAACUAAAACAAAAUAAAAAAGGAAAUUUAAGAACUAUUUAAAGAAGAAUAAAGUAGACAAAAUAAGUAAAUUUGAGUUUGAAAAAAGAAUAGAUUGAACAGUUUGUUAAAAAAAGAUCUCGGUGAACUUAAAAUGGAAGUCGAUUAUUAAUUAAGAAUGGGCAAUCUAAAAUGAUGUGAGAAACAUUUCAUGCAGCAAGGUAUAUUUUGUUUGUGAGGUCAAAAAAUGUGAAAAUUAUUGAGAACAAAUUUAAAAAGACGAGCAGGAAAUUAGAUAUCAUUUAAAAUAUAAUUUUUAAUUUAAUCUAUCUAAAUAUAACAUUAAUUUAAGUCAAUUAAAAUGUGUUCUAUAAAUUUACCAGUAUGAAUAAUAAUUAGGUUAAAUUUCUUAUUAAGACAAACAUUUAAUAAUUUGUUUGGUUGUUCUAAAAAAUAAUUAGGUUGGCACAUUUUAUUGGUAUGCAACUGAAUAAUUUUAAGAAUGGUUAAAAUUAAAUUUAUUCUAUCAAAAAUGCUUUACAAAUUUAAUAUUUCAAUCAAUAUUAUAGAUACAUAACAUAUUAUUAUUAAUUCCUGAUUUUUUUUUUUUUUAAGAAAGUAAAAUUUCAUUAAUUAUUUUAACUAUUAAAUAUAUUAGUUUCAGACAGGUGUGCCACACUCUCUCAAUCCUACUUUUCUUUAUAAACCUUAUUUAUUUAUUAUACAUUUUUAUAAGUUUUUUUUAAAAAAAAAAAGUUUUACUCCAAUAAAAUAUUAUUUAUAUGUAUUUAUUUACUUAAGUUCAUUAUAAAUGUUCAUUUGUGUAAAUAUUGAAACUAUAAAAUAGAUAGUAAUUUCCAAGUUUUUAAUUUAAUUAUGCAUUAACAUUUGUAUGUUUUUAUUUACCAUACAGAAGAUGUAUUGAUGAAUUAUGUUAAAGCUAUUGUCAAUUCAAGAAUGUUAAUGUCAAAUGGUCAAAAUUUAAUAAAUUAUCCAAUACAUAUAACAAGAAUAGAUAAUUUGGAUAUGUCUGCUUCUUUUAUUGAGUUAGAAGUUUCUGCUAUAGUACAGAAUGAUGGUGUUGAAGAACUUCAUUGUGCUCUUUUAUAUGAGUAUGUAUUAUUAUUAAGUUUAUAAAUAUAUACUUAAAACAAGUAGUAUAGAAAAAUAAAAUAAUAAAUGUAUAAGAAAAUAUUAGUUCACUUAUUCUAUGCAAAGUACAUUUUUUUUUUAUGAGUACAACAAUUAAUAUUUUAAAAAAUACAUAUAAAACAUUGAGUAAAAAAUUUAAACAUUUUUUAAUACUCUAACAUUCAAUUUUAUAUUAAAACUUUUUUGCUAAACCACUAAAAAUUUAUUAUUUUGAAAUAGCUACCUAUAAGUUCAUAAACCAAUUAUUUUUAAAUUUGUUAUAUUUGUUUGCUUGUUAAUGAGCUUCUUUAUAUAUCAAUUAGCUCUAAAGAAUACAUUUUUAGUCAUUAUUUAUUACUGUUAUUGCAAACCUAUAGUUUAAAAUUGUCAUUAAAAUCAAAAGAUUUUAGAGUAUUUGAUUUUACAUUAACAUAAGCAAUACUUGGAUAAUACAUGCAAUAAAACCCUAGUAGAUUACUGGAUAUCCUUUAAAAAAAACAAAAAAUGAAAACCUUUGUAAAAUAUUUGGAGCUAACAUAUUAAAUAAAUAAUUGAAUAUAUAUUAGUUAUUAAUGGAGUUGCACAAAUGAGAAACAAAUGAUAUGUAGUAUUUGAUUAAUUGUUAUUUUACUUAUAGUGGAACUUCCAACGAAAUAAGACCUUCUAUUGACCUUAAAUCUAUUAUUGUAAAUCAUAAUCCUACUGAAAAUAAUUCAUGGAGCGAUUUAAAUGAUUCAUUCAUGACAGAUAGUGGUAGUAAGUUAAAUUAUUUUCUAUUUGUCCUUUUUUUAUUGUAUGAUUUAUUUUACUCAGAAAUAUAAUUUAACUAAAAAGUUAAAAGCUCAGUUACCUAAAAUUAUAAUAGUAAUUAAAAUUUUAGUGCCAGCUUUAAAAUGGUCAACUGAGAUGACAUCUUUAUUGAUUGCUUUACGUGGCAGCCUUAAUGAAGAAUUUAAUUCUGCAAAAUAUAAAUUUAAAUUGUGGGAGCUGAUUGCACGGCGAAUGAAUAGUAGCAUACAGUCUUUUAAAGUGACUGCUAAGGACUGUGAUGAUAAAUGGAGAAAUAUAGCUGCCACGUACCGUAAAAAUAUUGAAAGAAUUAAAUAUAUGGAAGAUUUUAAUGUAAGGUGGGAACAUUUUACUGCUAUGGAUGAAAUACUUAGAGGUACUGACGAGUUAAAAAAACCAGAGUCAUAUAUUGAUAAAAUUGAGGUUGAUAAAAUGAUUGGCAAUGUAAAUAAAAAUUCUGAAAUAGAAAAUAUUGACAUAAAAGAGUAAGUACUUAUAUUAUUUGAUAUGAUGGUAAAACCUUUAAUUAUAAUUAGGCCAAUGAAAAGUGAGCGCCACCAACUUUCCAAGAUAUCAAUAUUCAUGAAUGGUUAUGAAUUUAUGAACAUUAUAUACAGUAUAUUCUGCUUAAUGUGAGCAUCAGUGUAAUUUGGGCAUAAUGGUUUGGUGUUGAUUUUAAUGUAUAAUAAUACUCAUUUAGGUUAUUAUAGUCAACCGCUUAAUGUGGGCAAAUGUAGCUGGUCUUAACAUGCCCACAUUAACUGGAAUCCACUGUAUAUAAUAUAUUAAUUUUUAUGAAGUAGUUUAAUAUUGAGAAUUCAUUAAACAAUUAAACGCUCACUUUUUUUUUUUUAAUCUCAUUACAUCAAUUUGAUUGGAGGUGCUAUACAAAUUAUAUUUAUAUUUUAAAGUUUAUUUUGUGUUCUUUUUGUUGUUAUAAAUAGCUAUACAUAUUUAAGUUUUCGAGACCUAUAAGUAUAUUAAUGUAUUACUUGAUUUACUGGAAGCUAAUAUUUUUAUUGGCAAAAAUUAUUUUUAACAGAUUAUAAACAUAUAACACAUUUUUUAAUAUUUUUUUCAAAAUAUAUUUUGUUGCUUUAAAUAUAACAGUGAGUGGUAAACAACUAACUAACUGAAUCAGUUUGCAUUGAUAAUAAUUUAAAAAUUUAAAUUGUUUUAAGUAUAGAAUGUAUUUUAAAAUUAAUGCAUAUCAUAAAUAUAAAAAAAAUAAAUUUUAUGUUAAGUAUAAAAACAAUAAUGUAAGUUAUAGUAAAUUAGUUAAAACUUUUUAUGAAUAUUUACAAUUUUUAACAAGCACAUAUUAAUAUAAAUAAAACUAUAAUGAUUUCUUCUACAUUUUUUUUAUAGAAACUGUUUUUAUAUAUAUAUAGAAACUGUUUAUAUAUAUAUAUAAAUAUGUCAUGUCCAUCUGUAUGUUUAUUAAUUAGUUACUAUAGUUUUCAAUACAAAUAAUGAUAUUUUAAUUUUGAGUACAAUGAACAAAUAAUUUAUUUACAAUUAAAAAUAUAUGUAUUUAACUUGCUCACAGUAAUAUUUUAUUACCUUUAUAACACUUUUUUUUUUAGUCUCCAUCUAUCUAUGAUGUAAUCAUAAUCAAAUAAAACAAAUUUAAUAUUUUUAAAUAAUACAGCUCUAAUCCACAUUGGAAAUUCACUGUUGAAAAUGUCAAAACUUUGUUUACCAUACACUGUGUUUAGUUGUAUGUUACAAUUGUGUACAAAAAUAUUUUCUUUUUUUUUUUAAUGUUGAUUGUAUAUAACAAAAAAUUGAAGUUUGUAAUUGUAAUGCCACGUGUCAGUAAAUAGCACCUCCAAGAUUUCAUCUAUAUAUAUUAUGUCAAUUUUGAUCGAGGUCGUAUUUACAACUUUACCACCUUAGGCAACACAUUUUUUAUAUACUUUAAACCACAACAAAAAGAUAACUGAACAAACUAUAGCAUUCAGUGUUUGCCCCCACAAAAUAAUUAUAAUUUACCAAGGGGUAAACUGCAAUAAUUAAAAUAUUUGUACACUAGACUUCUAAUACUUCUAAGUAAUUCCACAUUAAUUUUAUAUUUUUCUAUGUACUUUUUAUCAUUCUCUCUACACUUCAUCAUAGUCUCAUUAUAUGUAUAUAUUCAUUAGUAUAAAUUUUUGAUCAUUUAAUAUCUUUACAUAUAUACAAUUGUAUUUAAUAUAUUAUUGGUAUUUAAUAUUAAUGUUUUCAUUUUAAUUGUAUAAAAAUAUGAAAAACUAAAAUUAAAAAUAAAUUUAUUAUUUCCUUGAUCAAAUAUCAUAAGUAUUAAUUAUGAUUUUGAAUAUUUUUACUCUUAUUGAUAAAAAGACAAAUAACACGAUAGAUCAUGAAUGCUCACUUAAAAAAUUUAAUAAUCAAUUUUUUAUUUUUUAUCUAACAAACUUAAUUAUGUUUAUAAUAAAAUUCUUACUGUUUAGUAUAUUUUGGUGUGAAUAUUUAAUAUUUAUGUAUAAAUUGGUAACAUUAAAAUAAAAAGUAAAUGUAUUUUAUUUAAUUUAAAAUUGGUACAUUGACUGAAAAUAUAAGUAUAGGAAAUCAUAUAAAUCCUUAUAUAAAUGUAUGUUAAAUAUUUAUGCAUUUUUAUGGUGUCACAUUUGUUAGAUCUUUUAACUUAAAUGAACUUUAAUAUCUUUAGUUAUAGAUCAUUUAAAUUUAUCUCUAAUUCUCUUUCAAAAAGUUAAUUGUAAAAUUAUUUCCGUUAGUACAAAUAAUACACCUUAUAUUGCAUUCGCUGUCAUAUAUAACAGCAUAGUAUUUUUCAAAUGUUGUAUGAAUCAUUUUUAUAAAUUAUUCUAUGAUAAAUACUAAAUUUCUGAGGAACAAACUUUAUUUUUACUUUCCACCUGACUUUUCUUUUUAUUGUUAAUAUUAAUUUAUGAACAGGUUGAAUUAAAGAUCUUAUAUCUUAAAUCUUUUGCUUAAAUUGCUUAUAAAAUGCUGUAAUUUAUCACUACCCACUCUCUGUGCUGUUAUUUUUUUUAUACUUAACAAUAAUUAAGCAACAAAAAGAUAAGGAUAUACUUUGCACAGUAGGUGGGCCACUGUUGUAGAUGAGCAUAUAGAGGGGAAUUUAAAAAAUAUUUUUACACAACAUAAUUGUUGCUUAUAAAAAACAAUUCUGAGCAUAAUUCGGUUUUGAAAGGUAGAAGUAAUAUUUAGUAGUGUAACAUUCACAAUUAAAUUUGAUACUAAAAUUCUUAUAAAAAAAAUUCUAUAUUUCAUUAAAUUUUUUUUCCUCCUGUUAAGUUUUCAAGCAUUUCUGUUUGGUUUAACAAGUUUAUACAAAAGUACUUACUGAUUAAAAAUGAUGUAAAAAAUGCACAAAAUUAAAAUGUCUAUAAAUGAUUCAAAAAUAGCCCACAUGCUUUGACAAUUUUAUCAUAUUCAGAAAAGGCAAAUAUCAAAUAUCUACAAAUUUUUUUAACUGAAUUACAACAGCAAAAAAAAAAAAACUAAUACAAAUAAUGUACUUCGUAAAUUUUUCCGUUUCCAAUAUUUUUUCUCAAUUAUUAUGGAAACCACUUGGAAAAUCAAGAAAUGGGCUUACUGUAGUACCACCAGGUAAAAUUUCCUAUCACAAAAAGUGCUAAAAAUCAGAACUUGUUUUUUGGUAAAAAAGUUUAAUAAUAAAAAAAAUAUAAUAAAAAUAAACAUCAUUGAAAAACCAAUGCAUUUGUCGCUUCGCUCAGAAUCUAAAACUAAUCAAAUUAAAUGUGAUAAAUGUAAAAUAAGUGUUUUAAAAUUAUUUAUCUUUUAAUGUUUAAUAUUCAUUAAAUAUUAAGUAUACAUUAUGAUAAACAUUGUGUAAAAUUUUCGAGCAUAAAAAUAAACUGGAGGACAGUCUUUUAAACAUUUUAUCCUUAUUAUAAAACCAAAUAAAAACUAAAACUACUUAAAAAUUUAUAUGUACUUUCACCUUAUUUGUACACCUAAUUCUAUUUGUAGUUUACCCCUCUGAGUUUAGUACCAAAAGAACUUGUGAAUAUAGUUCUGAUACAGAAAAAAAACCUACCUAGUCAACUAGUGAGUUGCUCAUUAUAUUAUGUAUUUGUUUUCAGUGAAAAUGAUGUAAUAAAUACAGAUUCAAAUGAUGAUAAUAUGGAUUAUUUCUUUUUGACUUCUACAACUAAUGCAAACAAUGGUAUAUUUAAUCAAUGAAUUAAUAAACAAUUUUGAAAUUAUUUGAGUUUUUAGUUAAUACAUUUGUCAUAAAAAAUAUUCUAGAAAUUGUAUUUUUAUUUAUUUAAAAAAUAAUAAAUUUGUAAUUAUAAGUACAAUAUUUUUAUACCAUUGCUGAUCUUACAGAAAUACGAUUAUGGACUCAAGAAAUGAUACUCUUAUUAUUUUCAUUACGGCGUUCUAUGGCUGACCGUUUUGAUCAUGCAACCAAAGAACUUGAAAAGGAUGUAUUGUGGUUUGAUUUAGUUACCAAGAUGAACAAAAAUCUGGGUACAAAUGCUGAUAUUGAAUCAUAUGAAGCAGAAUCUUUGUGGAAUCAAUGUGUAGAACAGUAUGAAGAAAAUUUGGACAAACUAAAAGUAGAAGGACCUCAAGAUGUUAAAUGGCCAUAUUUUGCCAUUAUGGACCAAAUGCUUGGUGGAACUAUAGAAAUACCAGAUGUUUGUCAUCCACGACCUGGUGAAGAUUUGGUUCCUGUUUUUAUGCAGGGUGUUUGGAAACAAUCCGAAGUAAGAGAAAUACUGAACAAUUACAAAACUGAUGCCAAGUGAGUUUAAUUAUAUACAAAUAAAGUAGCAUUACUAUGUACCUAUCUUAUUAUUUGUAUAUUGGUUUUAGUGUGGAUAUGGAUGAAGAUUCAGAUGCUAGUGACGAAAGUGUUGCAGAAACUAAAACGGGAGUGAAAUGGCACCCUGAACUUAUACGCAAGCUAAUAUAUUUACGUUCUGAUGCAGAAAACGAAGUGAAAAAAUGGAUUCGUAAACCAAAUUCGAUAUGGACUGUUGUAUUAAAAAAAUUUCGCCGUCUUGGCAUUGUUUUAUUGACUGAACAGGAUUUAGAAAAUAAGUGGAACAGUUUAGUUAGAGCAUAUAACCGCAGAGUAUCUGGUAUUAGUAAGAGGUCAAAAUCAGACUGGCCUUAUUUCUGUGGUAUGCAAAAUGUGAUGAAUAUUAUUGGGACUGAUAAUGCUCCAUCUCCAACACCAACAAAUGAUGGAAAUAAGUCAGAUCAACCACCAGAAUGGUUCCUUACUUAUAUGAAACGAAAAGAAGCUAAUGAUGCGUAUAAACAUGAACAAAUAAAAAAUAUGCUAGUUGAAAUUCAACACAGUCAAAUGGAAAAUAGAAGAUUGAUACUCUCUGUUUUUAAGAAAUUAUAAAUAUCCUAGUCAAGUAUUAAGUUAUACCUAUUAUGUGUUUUUAGAAUUAUAUACCUGUAUAUAUAUUAUAUAUUUUUUGUUAUAAAAGUCUGACAGCUAAACAUAAAACAAUUAAUCAUAAUAUUUUUUUAAACUGAUUUUUGUUAUUUGUAUUUUUUUUUUUAAACAAAUUUAAAAAAAAAAUCAACUUAUCUCAUAUAUUAUUAUAAUUUAUAUUAAAGUAUACA